CUUCUCUCUCUCUCUCUCUCUCUGUGGUCGACGAAGCUACAAGCUAUGGCGGAACCAAACCAGAUCCCGCGGAAGAGGAUGCGAUUCUCGUCUCCUUCAGCUACAGAGAUCCUCGCUACUAAAAAAUUACUGAACCACCAGCGACUCGCUUCUCUAACUGUGAACCGAUCUCGCGUCCAUCAUCCAUCACCGUCACUCACCGGAAAAAUCGAUCGAACGUAUCCGCGAGUCACCAUCAAGGAUCUGCGUCUCAGACGAGUCUACUCCCCGAGUCUUAUCUCCACCGACGACUGCGAAUUAAACGGCAAAGGGUUAAACCGAAACAAGGAAGAACAAUACCAUAUAUGUCGUUGCAACUGUCCAGAUUCGAACAAUGGAAUCAAAGCUCAUGCUUGUGGAUUAGGAAAUGUAGAAGCAGAGGAGUUGAUUCAAACGACGUCGGCUGGUUCUGAAUUGGUAAAUGAAGAGAUUAAUGUAGCAGCAUCAGUGAAGAGAAGCGUUACUACUAAUCUCGGGAGCAACAUAUCGGUUCUUCAUCCAUGUUCUAUAGCUAAGAUAUUCAAGAACCCUAAUUCUUUAAGCUAUAAGAGAUUGCUUCCAUACUUGAUGCAAGCUGUAGAUGAUGGAACAUCAUCAAGCCGGUGCUCAAAACCUUUAAGCCAGAAUCCUCCAGAUAUUAGUUUGUCCUGUAACAGAGAAGCUGGAGAAACUGGUGAAGAUGUAGAGGAGCAAGUUAGUGAAUUGAUGACACCCAACUGUCAACUUCCUGAAACCGCCAAACCUGUUUCGCAGUCUGUUGACACGGUCUUUGAUAAAGAUUCAGCUGGAAGCUUAACUAGAAACACUAGUCCUUUGAAGAGGGUUAUUGCAUCCAGCCCCAACAAGAAAGCUGCAUGCUCUAGGCGCAAGUUAUUCAAAACACCAGGUUCCGUUAAUUACAGAAGAAUGCUUCCAUAUCUCAGAGAUGUUCAAGAAAAUAAUCCUUGUGUGCCUGAAACAGUUGAUCAUCCAGAUCAGCAAAAGAACACAGAGGAGAAUACUCCAUCAUCGACAUUAGUCUCUGAGAAUGAAGGGGUACAGGAAAUGGUGACAUCUAAUGCUGCUGGAGAAUCAGAUACAAGCUCUAACGAAAACGAAGAGUCAAUUCCUUGUGAACAUUUAUCUGUAUCUCCAGAACAGUCUGAUACUGACAAGGAACAAGAAACCCAAGUUAAGCAUGUCAUCCCAGAUACUGAAAAGAACUCAGAAACUCCUUUAGGCCCUGAGAUACCAGUAUCAUCUCCUCUUGUUGGCUUAAGAAGUUCAAGUGAGGUUGCUUCAUCUGCAAUGCCCAAAACAUCCGUCAACAAUUUGGUGGGCGGAGAAAAUAUGAAUGGUGCAGGGGAAACAGAAGCAAAAAUCAGUGCAGAGCAACUAACAGCUGAGCUGCUUGACUCUUCUGCUGUAUUGGCAACUCCUCCCUCCAUUUCUCCUUCAAAAGGGAUUCUGAGAAGAAGUAUGAGAGGAUGUAGAGGUUCAUGCUCUUGUUUGAACUGCUCCUCUUUCCGUCUAAACGCUGAAAGAGCAUUUGAGUUCUCAAGAAAUCAGUUACAAGAUACUGAAGUAAUGGUGUUGGAUCUAGUUGGAGAAAUAUCUCGUCUCAGGGACAUGUUGGAGAAAUCAGCAGAUCAAAAUGAGUCCUACAAAAGUCAGGCUGGUGAAGCUUCAAAGAGAGCUGGUGAGGCUGCAGAGCUAGCAAAAAGCCGUCUCCACCAGAUGAACGAUGACCUUCAAGUUCACUGCAGAAUACCCAACGAACAACGAGCAAGAGUGAAUUUUGCUCAUUACAUCCACGAGAAGACGAUCGUUAAAGCAUCCGAACCUAACAACUUGAUCACUAGAUCACCCUGAAGCAACUAGUGUGGAUACUUUUUAAAUGUCAUUAUCUGUCUCCAGAAUAUCCAAUUUCAUGUUUUUAAUUUUGAAAAGUGAGAAAGGUACUACUACUAGCUGUCUUUUUCUAACCAGGAUAGAAGCAUCAUAGAUCAAAUUUGCGGUUCUACAUAUAGUCCAUGUGAUCUUAUUUAUUAUAAGGUUUCUUUUUUCAUUUUUAAAAGUAUAACCUCUUGUUCUAUGUACAUACUAAAAGACUAUAAAAGUAUACCUCCUGUGAUCUCUU